AUGGACAUUUCUCUCCUUCAUUUUUCUUUCUCAAUUGCUCUUCACCAGUCUCUUUUACUUCCUUCCUGUUUUCUUUCUCUUUUUUUUUUUAUUUCAGUCUCUAUUUCUUGUGUGAUUUUUAGAGCUUCUUACUCUUUUUCACUCUUCAUGAUUCCUAACUCUCUUUUACUUCCCUGUUUGAUAAGCUUUUAUUUUCAAUUCUUUUCGUUUCUUGUUCUCACUCAUUUUCUCUUGGUCUCUCUCGUAAUAGCUACUCUUUUUUCCUCACUCUUCCCCCCCUCAAAUCUCUUUUACUUUUUUCACAUCAUCUCUCUCUCUCUCUCUCUUUAUGCAUUUAAAAAUUUCUUUCCCUCAAAUCCAAACAUUUCUUUGAUGACCUUUCUUUGUCUAAGUGAAGAAUUUUUGCUGUUUCUUUUUAAACAAACUCUUUCUUUUUUUGCUGUAGUUUUCUUUGUCACUCUUUUAUUGCACAUCUUUUUUUUUCACUCUUCCUUCAACCCAAACACUUUUUUAACAUUAUCUCUUAUUUUCAGCUCUACUGAUAAUUCUUUCUCUCUCUCUCACACACACACACAUAUACUUUCUUUAAAGCCCAAGCUUUUAUAUUCUCUCUCCUUACACCUUGAUGAGCUCUCUUCUCACCAUCUUCAAAUAACUUCGGCAUUUAUUUCCCUGCUUUUUAUUAAAUAUUUAUUUUUAUCUAUUUCUUCGUUUUUUUUUGUUGUCUCUUUAACACUUUUUAAUUUUCCAUUUAAUUCUAUUUCUUUCUUUCUUUCUUUCUUUCUUGACCUCUUCCAGAGUUUUCUUUUUUUAAACUGCUUUCCUUUCUUUUCUCAAAAAAAUAGAACAAAAAAAAAAAUGCUUAUUUUUCUCACAUUUUUCAUAUUUACACUGUUUUUUUUUAAUAUCACUUCUUUUUUGUAUUUCACCAUCUGUCUUUUCCUAUCACGCUCUUUCUGUCUCACUAUGUAUAUUUUCUUAUCUCUAACUUUCUCUCUGCUUCACUGUCUUUAUUUACCUAUCUCUCUCUUUUUUUGUCUCUCACUGUUUUACUGUCUGUAUUUUCUGAACACUUUCUUUCUUUCUCACUGUUUCACCAUUUGUAUUUUCCUGUAUCUCUUUUUUUUAUUUUUUAUCUCUUUCUUUCUUUCUUUCUGUUUCACCAUUUGUAUUUUCUUAUUUCUCUUUUUCUUUCUCCCUCUCUCUCCCUGUAUCACUGUCUGUAUUUUCCUCUCUCUAUCUCACUUUCUAUUUCACCAUCCGUAUUUUCCCAUCUUUCUUUUUCUUUCUCUGUUUCAGCAUCUGUAUUUUCCUAUCUCUCUCUCACCAUCACUUUCUAUCACCACCGCCCACUUUGCUCAUCAUUCAUUACUUCCAAUAGCUACCAUCUUCAUACUCGGUUCCUCUCUCUUUCUUUCUUGCUUCUUUUACGAAAUAUCUAUUCCUGUCUUCCAGUUCCUGAUACUGCAUUUUCUAAAGAGACGCCGCCGAUAUCUAUUCCCCAGAGAUGGACAAAAGCAGAAACUGUUACUGACAACAAGAUUUCCCUCUACCCCCCCCGAUUCCUUUCUUCUCUUUCCAUCUAUACAUACAUGCCUCUCCUCACAUAACUGUCCCUCUUCCCUUAUCUAUCUGACAGCCCUUCCUGAUGAUGAUGAUGGUGGAGGUGGCGGUAAUAGCGGCGGUGGUGUCCCAAGAAAAUCGAUCCUCAUUCUUCUUACCUCGAUCACCAACCCCCAGCCCCACUGCACUUCUUCAACACAAACCGACUCCCCUCCCCGAUACCUCUAUUUUCUCUCUUCUCCAAGACUCUCAAUCUUUCUCCACCUACAUAUCUUCCCUGCUUCCACCUCAUCCUAUUUUAGGCCUUCUUUACUCCUGGAUUCUCUCUCUCUCUCUCUCUCUCUCUCUCUCUCUCUCUCUCUCUCUCUCUCUCUCUCUCUCGUUUCCACCGGUUUCUGUUUUCCCGCCAAAGCGGUAUUUGAUUCUUCUGGUUUGCGUUUCUCUCCGAACGCCGCCCGAUUUCUUCGUUCACUCUCCUCCUCCAUCUUCUUGAUCCAGCAAUCUUUUUCCGUUCAUUAUUCUCAUCAAAAUCCUGUAACCUUUCUUCCUCAUUCUCUCUUUAUGUCACGCAUGGCGUCUCAUUAUCUCCCCCCGACCUCUAUCUUUUGUAUUACCAUGUCUUUCUUGCUUUCUGUUAGUUUCAAUUUCUCUCUGUCUGCGUUAGGCUUUUUUCUUCUACUUCCGCUUUUUUUUUCCUCCGUUUUCUUUUUAGUUCAUUCCAAUCUGCUCUCUCUCAUGUCUUUAAUUCACACUAUUUCUCAUUCUACUUGUUUCUUUCUCUCUUUCACUCAAUCUUUUCGUCUCUCCUCGUCUUACUAUUCCUUUUUUCCUCUCUAUAUACCCCCUCUCUUAUUAUUCUCAUUGUUUUAA